CUCUCUUCGCUUUCUUCUACUCUUCGAAUGUACUGCGUCUACACAGCUCCUGGCCCUUCCUGUUAAGUAGCUCUCACCACGCCUAAGUCUUUACAUCCGGACCAGUCUACCUACAACUGACGGCUUCUGCUUAUCAAGAGGUAUUACUCCCCCCAAAUCACCCCACUAUCUCGAUCUUGGCUUCAUAUUUAGAUCCCUGUUUGGUUUCAUACAUCAAUUGACAAGUUUGCACAUCGUUUGAGCCCCCACUAUGAGUUCAAGUUCCUAUUACCAGUCAGGAAUCCCCCACUUGCUAAACCAGCAAGACGUGUCCAUGGCGCAAAACCAACACCUCGUGUCGCUGCCGAGCCUGCCGCGUGCGCACGCGCCCGACGACUCGCGCAAACGCACGCUCCCGCUGUUCCGUGCGGUUCAGCGUUCCAAGCAGCGCGUACGCGUAAACACCGCGUGCGACCGCUGCCGCACGCAAAAGGUGAAGUGUUCAGGCGAGCAGCCGUGUGGCACGUGUGCACGCCUCGGCAAGGUCUGCGAGUUCAACCCGGUAGGUGUGGUGUUGCCGCCAAUCCGCAGCGAAACGUCCCCUGCCUCAAUCACACCUAAUCCCGGCACCGUGGGAACUCCAGCCACCGCUGCCUACGUCUUGGAGUUGGAAACCAAAGUCAAAUAUCUUGAGUCUCUCUUGCUCAAGCAAUCACCACGUCAGGCGAGUAAUAGCGACGACGUUCGUGUGGAUGAUACUUGCUAUCUCUAUUCUAAAAACAAGUGGCGAUUGCACCGUCGGUACCAGAACGUGCUUACAAACAAGCUCGGCGCGGAACUCUUCAAACAACUCUCGCCCGAGUCCCAGGCAGGCGUAAUCCCACCGCGCGUCCAGUUUUACGGCUGGAACAUGUCGGGGCUGCACUACCUCAAGCAGACAUCGCUCCCUGCCUUCACGGACUUGAUUCGCGACCGCACGGUGGAGCGCGAGCUCCUCGACUACUUCUUUCGCGAAAUCAACCUGUUGUUUGCAAUCGUGCACGAAUCAGUGUUCCGAGAGCAAUACGCAAAGUACGUUGCAGACAGUGGUGACGCGCGCGCAAGCAACCAGACGCGUCUCUUUGCAGCGAUUUUGUAUCUUAUAUUCCCGCUUGCGAUGCGUUUUCACGAGUUCCAGCUCGCCGACCAGCCGUCGCCGUACCGUGCGGGCUUGGAGGAGGCGUUGUUCGAGGCCGGGUUUGCUGUCAUCCAGAAGCUCUCCUUUGAGUGGGAGUCCUUCGAGCUUAUCCAAUCGUGGUUCCUCAUAUUUGUCUACCUCCGCGUGCUGCAUCGCCAGACGUCGCUGAUCCACGCCUUGGGCAACGCCGUGAGCAUGAGUCGCAGCAUGUCCAUCAACUACCGCCUGUCGUCGCGCAAGCCGUACAAUAACAUGAAGGCACGGCGUAUUUUUUGGUGUAUCUAUACAUGGGACAAACUCAAUGGCUUACAGAGUGGCAGGCACUACACGUUCAAGGAUGACUGGGACAUCCACUUGGAGUUCCCAACGAUGGACUUUGAGCGCGAGAACGACGGCUGGUUGACAUGGCCUGCGCUUGCGAUGUGCCACCUCGCCCAGAUUGCGGGCCACAUCCAGACUUUCAAGUCUGCGUCCUUGAGCUACACCGAGGUCCAGGCACUCAGCCUCGACCUCCAGCUGUGGCACGAUACCUAUGCCAUCCGCGACGACACGCUCUUUGAUGAUCCUUCGGGCAUUGCGCCUGCGGUACGUGCCCAAGUCAAGCUCCACUACUACGACGUUGUCAUCCAAUUGCACAUCCGUAAGCUCUUCAACUAUGUGGGCAUGAGUGUUGCGUGUCCCGGACUUUCGGUCGAGCACUUGCUCACGGCGUGCGCGGGCUCGAUGGACAUAUUUGCGGUGCUCGAGGCGAACGGCGCCCUCACCGUUCCGUGGUUCCUCACGAUGCUCCUUUUAUUCCAGAUCGGGAUUGUGUCGAUUAUCUUGAUUAACGCGGGCUUGCACCUUCCGCAGUGCAACAGCAACUUAUCAGAGGUGAUCCGCGUGAUGACGCGAUUGCGCGGCGCCGCAAACGACGGUGCCGUACCAAAGUACCGUUUCGAGAUGACCAGUGAGUGCCUCUGGGCGUUGAAGAUGCUCAAUCACAUGGUGUGUCUCCGUUUGCAAGAGAGUAUCCACCAGUUGAAGUAUAUCGGAAUCGAUCACGGUUCUGAUGAGGUCAACUCUGCGCGCUUCAGUCAGUUUGAGGUAUUGCAGAGGGUGGAUGCCCAUAAGAGCGUUCCAGACCGAAUGCUGUUCGAUUCAAAUGACCAAUCAGAGGGACUUCAGGCAGAAGGACCUUCGUUUGCAUAUUCGAAUGAGCGGGCUAACGGCGAUCGUAGUGUCACACCGUACGACCCCGACGAGGUCUCACGGCAGUUGAGUGGCGCCUUGGAUAGCUUGAUCAAGGGUGAAGGCAAGGACUUUGCUGCAGAUAGUUUGUUUGGCAACUUGCAAUGGUUUGACCAGACCCCGUGGAACUUUGAAUUCAACAAUGACUAGCGAGAUGCGCUGCAAAGAAAUGCAAUGUUUGGCGACGCUAGGGGCCAUUUCGGCCUACCAGUAUUAUCGUUCAAACCCCGUGAUGCUCACACUCAGUAAUGUGUAUUAAAAUUAGAUUAGAUUAACCUAGAUUUAUAUAUGAGUAUCAAUAUAUUUGUCUCG